AAAUGCGCAUUUUAGUAAAAUGUUGAUUAGAAUGCGCACAAUACCAACUUCUGUCACUCUCAAAUUCUGUGCUUUCCCACCCUCACUGACACUCGUAUCAUCCGCCUGAUUCGCUCGUCGUCUCUACUUCCUUUCCCUUCUCUCUUUCUUCUCUCUAUCUCUGCACUUGCUCCUUCCUUCUUUCUUUCCUGAGAACUACAAUUUGUAUUCAUUCUUCUUUCCUCCCACAAAAUAUGGUGAUACCUGUAGUAGGCCCCUAGAACACCAAACUAAACAAACAAUCAUUCCCAUUGCUUCAAUAAUUCAUCAUGUACAUUAAUCCCCACAUAAUUCUUCUUCUUCUUCUCAUGCUAAUCGCCUCUUCUUUUCCAGCUUCUUUCUCCUAUGAGCCCAGAAAUCAUGAAGUUUUAGCUCUUAUAGAAAUCAGAAUUUCUCUAAACGACCCUCAUGGAGCUUUAAACAACUGGGAUGAAGAUUCUGUCGAUCCUUGUAGCUGGGCUAUGAUCACCUGUUCCCCUGAUAAUCUUGUCACUGGCUUUGGAGCUCCAAGCCAAGGAUUGUCAGGAACCUUAUCAGGAAAGAUAGGAAAUCUGACAAAUCUCAAACAAGUGUUACUGCAGAACAAUAAUAUCUCCGGCGACAUUCCACCGGAGCUGGGUAAUAUUCCGAAUCUUCAGACGUUGGAUCUGUCUAACAACCGGUUCUCCGGUCACGUGCCGGAGACUUUUGGUAUGAUGAAGGGUCUUCAAUAUCUGAGGCUAAACAACAAUAGCUUGUCUGGUCCUAUUCUUCUGUCUUUAUCUAAAGACCCCCAGCUUGCUUUCUUGGACCUGUCUUUCAACAAUCUUAGUGGGCCUAUACCUAAAUUUCCAGCAAGAACAUUCAAUUUGGUCGGAAAUCCACUUAUCUGUAAAGGAGAGAAAUCUGAAGGUUGUUCUAUUACAACCAUUCCAAUGCCUCUUUCCUUCCCGCUUGGUUCAUCAUCCUCGGGAAAACCCAAAUCAAGGAAAUUGGCUAUUGCACUUGGGAUCACUCUAACUGUCGUCUCCUUCACUGUUCUUGCAAUUUCGUGGCUGUUUUGGAAGAAGAGAAACAACAGGGAGAAGCAAAGUAUUUUGAAUAUUACUGAUAUACAAGAAGAGGGUCUAAUAAGCCUUGGAAAUCUGAGAAUCUUUACGUUUAGAGAGCUUCAAGCAUCGACGGAUCACUUUAGCUCGAAGAAUAUAUUAGGAACAGGUGGAUUUGGUAAUGUGUACAAGGGUAAAUUGGGAAACGGAAAUAUGGUGGCCGUGAAACGAUUGAAGGACGUUUCUGGUACCGCCGGAGAAUCUCAAUUCAGAACUGAGCUAGAAAUGAUUAGCCUGGCUGUUCAUCGGAAUUUGCUCCGGUUAAUCGGUUAUUGUGCUACCGCGAAUGAACGGCUAUUGGUUUAUACUUAUAUGUCUAAUGGAAGUGUUGCUUCCAGGCUUAGAGAAAAACCGACGAAACUAGAUUGGAACACGAGGAAGAGAAUAGCGGUUGGAGCUGCAAGAGGGCUUCUAUAUUUGCAUGAACAAUGCAAUCCAAAGAUUAUUCAUAGGGAUGUGAAGGCGGCGAAUAUAUUACUAGAUGAAUUCUUUGAAGCUGUUGUUGGUGAUUUUGGACUUGCGAAGCUCCUUGAUCAUGCUGAUUCGCAUGUUACAACCGCGGUUCGUGGAACCGUGGGACAUAUUGCACCGGAGUAUCUAUCGACUGGUCAAUCUUCGGAGAAAACAGAUGUUUUUGGAUUUGGAAUACUCUUGUUGGAGCUUAUAACUGGGAUGAGAGCACUUGAAUUUGGAAAAACAAUUAAUCAAAAAGGUGCCAUUCUUGAGUGGGUAAAGAAGGUUCUAGAAGAAAAGACGGUGGAAUUAUUGGUCGAUAGAGAAUUGGGAAGCAACUACGAUAGAAUAGAAGUGGCGGAAAUGUUGCAAGUUGCUUUUCUCUGCACUCAAUAUCUUCCGGCUCAUCGUCCUAAGAUGUCGGAGAUUGUCCACAUGUUAGAAGGAGAUGGUCUAGCUGAAAAAUGGGCGUUGACACAUAACCAUUCGAAUCCCAACUUAAACGUAAACGAAAAGAAUGGUAAAGUUGUAGUUAGAACUACGAGUGUUAAACACGAAACAAAUGAUUACGAAGAAUCGAGCACGAUUGGAUUGAUGGAUGGUGAUCAUGAUGCUCACUAUGCAAUGGAACUCUCUGGUCCAAGAUAGUGUUAUUGAAGUAGAUUAAUUAAUUAAUUACAUUAUUUUGGUUAAUUCAAGAAAUGGUUAGAUUUGUAUGGUCUAAAGGGGUUUAUUCUAUUUUACUACAGUAAAUUAAAUUUGACAGCAUGAGCAGAUGGGAAAGUGAAAAAAGGAAACAUCUUGUAAUUUGACCGUUUGACCGAUGAGGUCAAAUCAGGACCAUUUGUUUGUGUG